UUGAAGUGCGAUGCCCUGUCUCAUUUUUCAUUGAAACAAUGUUUGGCUAUGUUGUGUUGUCAUGUUUGGCAACGUUGUGUGUCGGGACAGACGUCGUUUUGCAGACAAGGCAGGGUCAGCUACGAGGGACUAGGACCGAGUACUUUAGUGACGAAUAUGUAGACGUGUACACUGGAAUUCCGUACGCCCUUCCACCUGUCGGUGUCAAGAGAUUUAGGCCCCCCUCCCCUGCCGGGGCGUGGUCAGGCGUGAGGGACGCCCGGUCAGCCCGACCCAUCUGCCCCCAGGCGCACAGCAAGCCUCACUCCACCCAGAACGAGGACUGUCUCUUCCUCAAUGUUUUCGCCUGGAAGUCCAAGGCCAGCACAACCCCACCGCUACCAGUUAUGGUGUUCAUCCACGGGGGUGCGUUCAAUGAAGGGGGCGGCUCUCUGUUCCGGUGUUACGCUCUAGCCCUCCAUUCCGUGGUCGUUGUCACCUUCAACUACAGACUAGGAGCAUUAGGUUUCCUAGCAACCGACGACGCAGCAUCUCCUGGUAAUUAUGGGAUGUUGGACCAAGUGAUGGCUUUGAAAUGGGUGAGAGACAAUAUCGCAGAUUUUGGCGGGGAUCCUAAGCAUGUGACGGUGUUUGGAGAAAGCGCGGGUGCAGUCAGCACGUCGUUGCAUCUCAUAUCCCCUCUCUCUAAAGGUUUAUUUGACGCCGCCAUCACCGAGAGCGGAGUGUCCUUGUCAGAGUGGGGUUUCAGAACCAUGCAUGACAAACCAUCUCCCCUUGACCAAGCAAGGGUUCUGGGGAAAAGGGUUGGAUGCUCAGAAACAAACACGACCCUCUUGGUUGACUGUCUCCGCAAGGUGGAUGUUAAGAGACUCACAGUCAAUGAUCUAACGAAGGCUGAAAAUCGCCUCGUAUGGUCGCCCGUGGUGGAGGCGGUUUUCGGGUUCCUCCCCGAUACUCCCCAGACUCUCAUCGACAGGGGGGAUGCAGCUGACAUACCCGUCAUGAGGGGGGUGAACAAGGACGAACUUGCCGCGCAGCUAGCCUGGAUCCAUGGAAUAUCGGGCGGAAUGUCACUGAGCUCAGCCACUGCGUUCGUGCGUCAGAGUAUACAGCGUGCCUUCACGUCCAACCAACAAGCCUUGCAAGCAGCCAUCGAGAAGGUGUACCUCAGUGACGUCCAAACGUCCGACCACGGCGCAAUACGUUCACGCAUCAUCCAGUUGCUGUCUGACCGCGCCUUCUAUGUGCCGACCGUGGUUGAGACGGAGAAACAGGCGGGGCGGGGCAGGAGCCCAGUCUACUUGUACGAGUUUGACUACCGCUCUCCUCGAGACAACAAGCCAGUCUGGGAAGGUGUCCCCCACGCGGCUGAGCUACCCUAUGUGUUUGGAGCCCCGCUUCUGGGGGGAUCUCACUGGACGGACACUGAUAAGGCUGUUUCCAGUAGGGUGAUGGGGUACUGGACGAACUUUGCAAAGCACGGGGACCCAUCUUAUGGUCACGUGACCUGGAAACCUUUCACUUCGAAGGAGAAGGGGUACCUGUCUGUUGGUAAUGCUUCAGUCAUGAAGUAUGACCCGAGGUCACAGGAAGUGAAACUCUGGACGGAAGUUAUCCCCAAACUCGUGCAGUCACAGAAUGUUAUCAUUGGAUGAAUGAAUAUUCAGAUGUAAAACUAUCAAUGAAUAAACAUCAACCAUGUUA